AUGCACGUCCCUGGGUUGCACAAGCCGCAGGAGAACCCGCUUCCACAACUACCGUUGCCGAUGUCGACCCAAUCGACACACUCCCAUAUUAUGAACCCCGCCAUAUACGACCAUAGAGGAUCGAUGUCUACAGAACGCACGUCUACAAGCCUCGAGGAUGCAUCAGAGAUCAUGCAGCCACGGAUACGGAGAGUCGCGCGGGUCAAGGGGACAUAUAGGCUGAGCGACUUUAUCAUCCAACGCACGCUGGGAACAGGCAGCUUCGGCCGUGUACACCUAGUUCGUAGCAAACACAACCUCCGCUUCUACGCGAUUAAGGUGUUAAAUAAAGAGCGCAUCGUGAAGAUGAAGCAAGUCGAACACACGAACAACGAGCAGCAGAUGCUCUCGUACGUCCAACAUCCCUUCAUCAUCAACCUGUGGGGUGUGUUCCAGGAUGCUGGGAAUCUGUAUAUGGUGAUGGACUUCGUCCCGGGUGGCGAGCUCUUCACGCUGCUACGGCGAUCAAACCGUUUUCCUGAUCCCGUUGCCAAAUUCUAUGCUGCCGAGGUCGCGCUGGCGCUGAACCACCUCCACACUCAAGAUAUUGUGUAUCGUGAUCUGAAGCCAGAGAACAUUCUUCUGAACGCCGAUGGACAUAUCAAGAUUGCUGAUUUUGGUUUCGCCAAGUCUUGUGAGACGACGACGUGGACACUUUGCGGCACCCCAGACUAUCUGGCACCUGAGAUUAUCCUCCAACAACGGUACAACAAGAGUGUAGAUUGGUACGCACUCGGCGUACUCAUCUUUGAGAUGCUCUCUGGGCUGCCUCCAUAUCAUCAAGCAGAAGUCAACCAUAUGUUGUUGUACGAGAGGAUCACGAGAGGCCCUUCGUUCAUCAGGUUCCCUGCAGCAUUCAACGAAAAUGCUACGGAUAUCAUCAUGAAACUGAUGGAGGGCGAUGCUUCACGGCGUUACGGCAAUUUACGACAUGGAGCAGGAGAUGUGUUCGCCCACCCGUGGUUUAGAGAGGUUGACUGGGAUAGACUGGCGAGUAGAGAGAUCACUGCCCCGUAUCUUCCAAGAAUUAACGGUGACGGUGAUGCAAGCGCCUUCGAUAAUUACCCUGAGGACAACGCUGCCUCGAUGUACGGCUUGCCUGGGGCCGACCUUCAUGGGAACCUAUUCCCGGACUUCGAGUACACGAGCCCAUGCCUAUGA